AUGGCCAACAUCGAAUUCGUCAUCGAGGCUCCUCAGGUCUCCCGCAACAACAAGAAGCGUCCUCGUCUGGUCACCUCAUGCGAUCACUGUCGCGUCAAGAAGAUCAAGUGCGUCCAGCAGCCUGCGACGGGCAAAUGUGAAGCCUGUCUCUCCGCGAACGUGCCGUGCCUGUACCGCGACAGGGAGAACUACUUCGCGGAGCGCACACGCAUGCUUUCGGGUGCCGGAUCGAUAUUGCGGGACGCGUCCAGUGGAUCAUUGAGCAAAGGCCACCUCUCUGCCAUCAAUGCCUCUACUUCCUCGCCUUCGCGCGGCUCCACCCCUCCGUCAGCACAACCCUCGAGCGAUCAUUCGCCAGCCUCCUCCGAUCGCUCGGACUCGCCAGCAAUGUUCUCCUCAUACAUGGGUGUGAGCACAUCACAUAUGUCUUCCUUUCAAACGUUUCCGGACGUAUCUGAUAUGCGCUCUGGGCCCUCGAGUCGGGACGGACCCGUGGCGCCGCUAGAUUGGACCCCCCCUUGUCAAAUCCCCGAGAUGCACACUGGGCAGAGCAACGUAUUUGCUGGCUUUCCGGCUUCCAAUCUCCUCCCGCCCAGCAACAUGCUCGAAUUCGGCCUUUUUGAUCACAUAGACGGCACGCAACCGCACCCGACACUUAUGAUCUCGUUCAUCCAGGACUUUUGUGACAAGCUCAGUUCAUCAUACCCGUUUUUGUCGUCGGAAUCUGUGGUCGACCGCUUUUGCCACCACCGCCUACCCGCAGUCCUUGCGAACGCGAUAGCUGCCUCCGCAGCCCGACUCUCCACGGUGCCAGAGAUUCUGCAAAUAGGAUCGGCAAACACGGCGGACGUAUACUGCCAGAUGGCCAAGAGCCUCAUUCCUCCCGACGGCCCCCCUAGCACCCUCGACACCCUCCACGCGCUGAUGCUGCUCGCAUGGGUCGAGUACAGGAGGCACCACCAGGCGCAAUUCAGAGGCUAUACCCGGUCCUGCAUCCGAGUCGCCGCCGAGCUCGGGUUCUCGGAAGAGACCGUCCCCCAGAUCUCUCGGUUCUCGAACUCGCACACCGCGCGGAUUCUGCAGCUCACCUGGGAGGGCAUCCAGACGCUCGAACGCGCGGCGCUCGCCGCCGAGCUCGUCGCGUUUUCCAAAUCGAGCCCGCAGCCUCAGCAGACCCCCGGCCCUCAGCCGUCGUUCGAGGCGUUAUCAAACUUCAUGUCGGAGUCACCCUCCCUGUGGUAG